UAUUUACAAAAGAAAAAUUUCGUAAAAAGUUAUAUAUCUAUAAAAAAGUACCAGUUAUAAAAAUUAAUUUAAUUUGUUUUCAAUUAUUUGAAUCUGUAUGCACAUCUCUACAUAUAUGUACAUGACAACGAUGCAACACACAGUAACAAAGAAUCGAUUAUGUUUAUUCCUUGGAACUGAGAAGUAAAGUUUAUAUGUGUCAUAUUGACUUGUUUCUCUAAUAUAAGUAGUUCAUAAAGACUGCAAGCAUGGAUUAUGAUGAUUUCUUCUUCGAAGAAGAUAAGAUGUUGGUUUCAUACAAUUGAUUAUUUACUUAUUGAUAUGUGUUACAUUUCAAUUUAAAUAUGCUUCCUUUUUCUUGUAAAAUGCAUGUUUAUAUACCACGGUACGGUGGAAUAGUCUAGUGGAUCAAACAGUACUAUCUACAAAUAAUAUAACUUUAACAAAUAUUGUCGAUGAAUCUAAAGAAAAUUUUGUUCCAUUAACCACCGUGCCAUCAGCUAAUGUACAAUUGCAUCAAUUUACUACAAUGGAAGAUCGCAUAGAUGUUACAAACUGUAUAUUUUCUGUUUCUUUUAAUCAUUAUGGAACGUAGACCAGAUGUAGAACUGGUCAGUCAAGAUCAGUCUCUUCAUCAUCUACCCAAUAAUACGGGCAUGACCAUAACUUCUGGCAAUAUUGUAAUACAAAAAGAUAGCAGUAAUCUUAUUGGCAUAAGUAUUGGAGGCGGAGCACCAUUAUGCCCCUGCUUGUAUAUUGUACAAAUUUUUGACUAUUCACCUGCAGCUGUAGAUGGUACUUUACAAUCAGGAGAUGAACUUGUAGCAGUAAAUGGAGUAUCAGUUAAAGGAAAGACAAAAGUAGAAGUUGCAAAAAUGAUACAAUCUUGUGAUUCUCAAGUCAGUAUUAAUUAUAAUAAAUUACAUGCCGAUCCUAAACAAGGUCGUACUCUUGAUAUAGCUUUGAAAAAGGUAAAACAUAGAUUAAUUGAAGGAAUGGGAAGUGCAACAGCAGAUGCACUUGGAUUAUCACGUGCCAUUCUUUGUAACGAUGCACUUGUACAACGAUUAAUGGCAUUGCAGCGCACAGAAAAUUUGUAUAGAGGUUUAGUUUCCCAUGCUAAUGCUACUUUACAUAGCUUUUUUGAUUUAAUACAAAUAUACAAAGUAUUUGGUGAUGCCUUUGCUGCAAUAGGAGUAAGAGAACCACAACCACGAGCUAGUGAAGCUUUCAGACAAUUUGGUGAACAACAUAGACAAAUGGAAAAAUAUGGAAUAACAAUUUUAAAAAAUUUGAAACCUAUAUUAAAUGAUUUAGGCACAUAUCUUCACAAAGCUAUUCCAGAUACUCGAUUAACCAUAAGCAAAUAUGCAGAUGCAAAAUUUGAAUAUCUUUCUUAUUGCUUAAAAAUAAAAGAAAUGGAUGAUGAGGAACAAAGUUACGAAGAACCUUUUUAUCGAGUGGAAACAGGCAAUUAUGAAUAUCGUCUAAUCUUAAGAUGUCGACAAGAAGCUCGUGCAAAAUUUGGUAAACUUAGAUCAGAUGUACUUGUAAAACUCGAAUUAUUAGACAAUAAACAUGUUCAAGAUGUCGUAUGGCAAUUGCAAAAAUUUGCAGCUGGUUUAGCAAAAUAUUAUACUAAUACACGAGAUUUAUUAUCCUCUGCAAUGUUAUUUCCUGUUGAAGUUGAUUUAUCACAUUCUGCAUUCCAAUAUAAAUCUACUGGUCCUCAAGUAAUAACUGAUGGAGAGGAUGUAGAUGAAUUUGAACCUGAAGAAAAAGCAAAUAUAAAUGAAGAUUUACUUAUAGAUACACAAAACUUUCCACUAAUAACAUCAGAAUCUAACAAUAUGUAGCAAUGUGCUGCUUGUUUGCAAAGAGUUUUAGGAACUAUUACGAUCUUUUAUUAAUAUUUAAAUAUGAAUGAUAUAUAUACAGUGAGCCUUUUCUACUGUAACAUACUUUUACUAUUUUUAAUGGAAUUCUGUCCUAGUUUCAUUCCUUUUCAUAAUACAAGAAACGAAACCAAAGAUUAUUAUUUAAAAAGAACCAUAUAACUCUAACAAAUCUGUAUAAAAGAAAUAUAUAUAUAUUAUAUUAUA